CUGCGUUUGCAUUCGCUCUGAGUUUGUUGUACUUAAAAGUAUCUAUUACUCAACUGUAACUUUAAAGACGAGUCGCGUUUGUUUUCCCUUGUAACAAACCUAACUUACUUAAAACGAAGGAUGGCUUUGACAGUGUCGACGGACCUGUCAGUGAACACUGGCCCAACUCAGGUAGAGGAAAAGUUGGAAGACAAACAAAAAGCUCUGCGGGAGAGCAUCGAGAAGGGGGAGCCCAAAAUAUUCGGGGUCUCUCAGAUAGUGUUAGGAUUGCUGAUCAUCUCCUAUUCUAUACCUCUGCUCCAUACUGAAGCCACAAUGCUGCUUAACUUUGGAGUGCCAUGGUGGAGUGGCCUUAUGUUUGUCAUUUCAGGCGCAGCUGCAAUAGCAGUGGAAAAAAUUGCUACCGUGAAGACAGUCUCUGUUUGCUUGGCAGUCUCUGCCGUGACCAUGAUCAUCUCAGUUAUUGCACUUAUCCUAUACUAUGUUGACAUUAUUUCCAAUCCGGCAACCAGAUGCCAACUGGGACCAGACCAGUUGUGCGAUCACCAGCAUUAUGCCACUAAAUUCAGCACAGGAGUGAAGAUAACCAUCUCAAUGGUCAAUAUUGUCCAGACAGCACUGUCCUCUACUUUCACAGUUAUACUGUAUAAUCAGAGGAGGAACUUUACAGGCUAUGGGACUAUGAGUGAAUGACAUCCUGCUUAGGAUGCUGACCUUCCCAUAUAUGACAUUUGUAUGACAUUUGUAUGACAUUUGUACCCCCAGAAGUCCUUAAACUAUAUCCACUUCAUAUACAUAUGUGGGUUUUCUUGUAACCAAUGUAAUGCUUAUAUGUGCAAGAAUGCAAUGCACUGAAAUGUUGUAUUUUAAGCGAAAGUGAAUUGUAUAUUUUUUAUCUAAUAUCAUUAAAAUAAACAUCUAAAUAUUCCUUUUAUUAAAGUUACAUUUCGAGUUUAAAA